AUGAUGCUGAGGGCGCGGGGGGCGGCGGGAGCGCUGCUCCGCCUCGCCGGCGCUGGAGCUGGCGUCCAGAGCGGCGGGGUCCCUCCAAUAGCGCGCGCGGCGUUCGCUCGCGGCUUCCUGGAUUUCCGCAAGACGGGGAACAAGGAGGCCAUGGAGAAGGAGAAGGAGAAGAAGAAGGCCAGGCUUACCGAUGAAAUGAGUAGAGGCUACUUCGCAGACAUUGCCGAGAUCCGCAAGAAUGCUGGCAAGAUUGCGAUGGCGAGUAAGGUCGUCAUCCCAGAGGCAGAUGCUGUGACGUUUCCUCAUCUUGCUGUGGAUUCCCCUGCUGGAGGGGCGCUGCAUCUGCCUCUUGUUGCGUCUGCUCUGCAAGACAAUGAUGGUGAGGCUGGAGACCAUGUGAUUCCUAGUGCUUCAUUGGUGUGCCUUUCCUUCCGUGCAAGCUCGCUGAAAAUGGCAGAGUCAUGGAGUUUACCUUUCCUGGAUGCAUUUGGUGCUGCCAAGAACAUGCAUGUUUAUGAGGCUCAGGCAAGGUUCGGCUAG